CACCCAGACCACUUCAUUGAGCUGAAGUGGUCUGGGUGCCUAUAGUGGUCCUUUAAGUUUUCUUGAUAUUUCCGGGGGUGCCCUGUAUUAUCACCCUAAUAAUGACUAUGGGAUCCCUAAGGCAUGUUUUACUUUGUGCAGCAUUCUUGUGGAAAUUAAUGUUGGGGACAUACACUCACUGUCACUUAAACGUCACUGUCUGUCACUCUGCUCUCAUGUCCCUGUCUGUCACUCUACUCUCCUGUCCCUGUCUGUCACUCUGCUCUCGUGUCCCUGUUUUUCACUCUACUCUCAUGUCACUGUCAUUGUCCCUGUCUGUCUCUCUGCUCUCCGGUCCCUGUCUGUCACUCUACUCUCAUGUCACUGUCAUUGUCCCUGUCUGUCACUCUUCUCUCCCGUCCCUGUCUGUCACUCUGCUCUCCUGUCCCUGUCUGUCACUCUACUCUCGUGUCACUGUCAUUGUCCCUGUCUGUCACUCUACUCUCAUGUCACUGUCAUUGUCCCUGUCUGUCACUCUGCUCUUGUGUCACUGUCUGUCACUCUACUCUCAUGUCACUGUCAUUGUCCCUGUCUGUCACUCUGCUCUCGUGUCACUGUCUGUCACUCUACUCUCAUGUCACUGUCAUUGUCCCUGCCUGUCACUCUUCUCUCCCGUCCCUGUCUGUCACUCUGCUCUCCUGUCCCUGUCUGUCACUCUACUCUCGUGUCACUGUCAUUGUCCCUGUCUGUCACUCUGCUCUCCUGUCCCUGUCUGUCACUCUACUCUCAUGUCACUGUCAUUGUCCCUGUCUGUCUCUCUGCUCUCCAGUCCCUGUCUGUCACUCUGCUCUCCUGUCCCUGUCUGUCACUCUACUCUCGUGUCACUGUCAUUGUCCCUGUCUGUCACUCUGCUCUCGUGUCACUGUCUGUCACUCUACUCUCAUGUCACUGUCAUUGUCCCUGUCUGUCACUCUGCUCUCGUGUCACUGUCUGUCACUCUACUCUCAUGUCACUGUCAUUGUCCCUGCCUGUCACUCUGCUCUCCUGUCCCUGUCUGUCACUCUAUGUCAUUGUCCCUGUCUGUCACUCUGCUCUCCCGUCCCUGUCUGUUACUCUGCUCUCCUGUCCCUGUCUGUCACUCUACUCUCGUGUCACUGUCAUUGUCCCUGUCUGUCACUCUGCUCUCGUGUCACUGUCUGUCACUCUACUCUCGUGUCACUGUCAUUGUCCCUGUCUGUCACUCUGCUCUUGUGUCACUGUCAUUGUCCCUGUCUGUCACUCUGCUCUCCCGUCCCUGUCUGUUACUCUGCUCUCCUGUCCCUGUCUGUCACUCUACUCUCGUGUCACUGUCAUUGUCCCUGUCUGUCACUCUGCUCUCGUGUCACUGUCAUUGUCCCUGUCUGUCACUCUGCUCUCCCGUCCCUGUCUGUCACUCUUCUCUCCCGUCCCUGUCUGUCACUCUGCUCUCCUGUCACUAUCACGGUUCCCCUUGUGUUCUGGUUUAAGCAAGGCACAAUGAUUCUCUUGGGUUUAAAUGAUGUAUUUGCCCCUGGAUUUGUCACUUUGUCCUCCAGGCGGCUGGAAAUUGCAAUAUAAGCCAUGUCGUUCAUAGACCCCACACUCAAUGCUUUAUUUUAAUGUUAAAAGAUGUCACUUGACUUAAAAACAAUAGCAGAAAAUGAAACUAAUCAGUGGUGCUUUUGGUGGGGCGCACUCUUUCUCCCAGUUUGCCUGGAAUACAUUAGAGAAUAAACAUCAUGGACGAUGUAUCAGACACUGUGAGAUCUUAGUGAUGGGAAUCUGGUCUCUAAACCAAUGGAUUCACUUGUUCUGUGAAGGAGGAAAUGGUGGAUGUGUCCGGCUGCUCACACACUGUUUGUUACACAAAACACUCUGCAAAUCAUGACUUGCUAUCCAGAAGGCAUUGGGGGAAGCAGCGUAUACUGGCCUUGCUGAAUAAUCCCACCUCAGCACACGGCCCCACCAGGAAGAGGUUUAGCUGGGAUCAUCAUGGCCAAUACAAAGGAUUCACUGCGUCAAAGAUUCAAAGGACGUUUUGUUCCCGACACAGGAUUUCCCGAGUGUCACCAAUGGAAGUGAGCGUUCACUUGGCGUAAACUGUGUUAGAAUCUUGAACCUCCAGAAGAUGCACUGGACCCUGGCGCAUGCACAAAACAUGAUCUGGUCCAAUAUUUACCUUGUUAAAGGCCCCAGAGCCCUACCCUCUGGUCACUGUUAGCGGGAACCAGUGGCGCUGCAAGGGAGACACUUUACACAGAGAACUUGGGGCCUCCUGCCGGGCUUGGCAAAAGAACAGUUCUGGUUUAAAAUUGAUAAUGAGGUUUGAAGAGCAUCAUAGUGGGCAUUGAUGGGUUAAACAUUGCUGUACCACAGACAUGCACGAUCUAUUGAUUUCCUCCCCGGCAUCUAAACAGCUAGCAGAAUGCUGCAAGGCGGCACAAGUCAGCAGUUUGUUUUGCUGCCGUGUUCUGUCGCCCGGGGGCAGAAACCGAUGUUUCCAGGCAACACGUGUUUCAGGUAGACGGUGCGUGGCUGUAAGUAAUUGGAAUAACACUGUGAGGGUGGAAAUCCACCGGGAUCUAGUCCAAAAAUGGAAUAAGUGACAGCAGUUUGUCACACUGUGAUGUAGCAACUUUCUGUGUAAUAUUCAUUAAAGAACAAAACUGAGCAGUGCCA